AUGUCCGUUUCUCUCUUCAAGACCCCCCGCCUAGCCUCCACUCUCGCCACGGCCUCAAAGACCUUCUUCCACCAGAACAUGGCCAUCAAGAACUUUCACACCUCGAUGAAGAGCCACUACGCUGCUGCCAACUCCCCCCCUCCCGCCGAGGGCUUCAUGCCAGGAGUCGCCAACUCCAAGUUGAUCAAGCAUACCCACCACGAUGCCCUCCGGAACCCCGAGCUCGCUGGUGUCGCCAAUGGAGAGACAAAGAAGAUGAACACUUUCCAGGCUGUCAACGACGCCAUGAGCAUUGCCUUGGCCACCGACGACACCGCCUGUGUCUUUGGAGAGGAUGUUGCCUUUGGAGGCGUCUUCCGUUGCACCAUGGGUCUCUCCGACAUGUUUGGUCGUGACAGAGUGUUCAACACCCCAUUGUCGGAACAGGCUAUUGCAGGAUUCGGUAUUGGUAUGGCUGCCAUGGGAUCGACCGCCAUUGCCGAGAUCCAGUUUGCCGAUUACAUCUUCCCCGCCUUCGAUCAGCUGGUGAACGAGGCUGCCAAGUACCGUUAUAGAUCGGGAGGAGAGUUCAACGUUGGAGGACUCUGCAUUCGCACGCCCUGUGGAGCCGUCGGACACGGAGGUCACUACCACUCGCAGCACCCCGAGGCUCAUUUCGCUCACACCCCUGGUCUCAAGGUCGUUGUCCCCCGCAGCCCUAUCCAGGCUAAGGGUCUUCUUUUGGCCUCCAUCCGUGACCGCAACCCCGUCAUUUUCAUGGAGCCCAAGAUUCUCUACCGUGCCGCUGUUGAGAUGGUCCCCGUUGGAGAUUACGAGUUGCCACUGGGUAAGGCCGAGGUGCUGACACAGGGCACAGACUUGACGAUCGUUGGAUGGGGCGCCCAAUUGUACGUCCUUGAGAACGCCAUCCAGAUCGCCCAGAAGAAGAUGCCCGGUCUCUCUGUCGAGCUGAUUGAUCUCCGGUCCAUCCUUCCCUGGGACGUCGAGACCGUCUGCAAUUCUGUCAACAAGACCGGUCGCUUGUUGAUUGCCCAUGAGGCACCCAAGACUCAGGGUUUCGCUGCUGAAAUUGCCACUACGGUUAUGGAACGGUGCUUCUUGAGAUUGGAGGCUCCUAUUCAGCGCAUGUGCUCGUAUGAUACUCCUUUCCCCUUGAUCUAUGAGAAGUUCCAUGUUCCUGACAUGAUCCGUUGUGCUGAGGGCAUUGAGAAGGCCAUGAAGUUCUAA